UACAAACAGACUCCAAGUGAAGAAAUCCGAGGGUCUGCGUCUGGCACAAGAGACGGAUCUGUCAGGAAAGACCCGGCUGCCUUGGAAACAGAGAAGAAGGAGACCCAAAGGAGGAAAGCACUGAAGAAGGGGGCGGGAGGAAGAGCGGAAAGAGGUGGAGUGUUGUAUGAAGAGAGAGAGAGAGAGAAAGAGAGAGUGAAAACACAGUGGAGCCUAGAGGAAGAGUAAGUGAAUGAGGCAGAGCGAGUCGUUCUUCACACUCGCUCAUUCACAAAACAACCGAGAGACAGAGAGAGAGGCGCACAGAUGCCACAGACGCCCUCCUCCUGGAGAGAGAAGCUGAGGGCUCCUGUGGAAGGGGUCCUCACAGAUGCAGCGGUCCCUGCGUGGGGUCCUCCGGUGUCUGGGGGCGAAGCUGUGCCGCAGGAGCGCUCUGCUGGUCGUCCUGCUGUGGCUGGCCUCCUGGCUCUUCCUCAACGGACUGGUGUUCGUGCACAGGAACAUGUUCUCUGACUUCUGCACUGACCACAAGAGCAAAGAGAUCCUGCAGAGGGUGUGUGCUGAGUAUCAGCAGGGCGUUCUGACCGGUGACCUCUGCGAGGACCUCUGCGUGGCCGGUCGUGUGGAAUACAAACGCUGCCUCUAUUACGAGAAUGGCAAGAAGGUCAUGUCCGCCAGCUGGCGCGGGGUGCCUAUCGUUCUCAAGUCAAAGCUGGAGAACUUCUCCUCCUAUGAGGCUUUAGCUCUGCUGGAGUACCAGGAUGCAGCGGGAGGAGCGGGAGGCGAGGAGGAGCUCUCUCCGCUGGAUGUCGUCUUCUUCGCUACGCUGGAGAUCAAGAACUCUCUGGGUUUGGAGACGGGAGCUAACUUGACGUUGCCCCGGUUGUGGGGCCAGAAGCUGAAGGAGAACGAGCGGACGUACUCUCGAGCGGAGCUGGCCUCGCUCUGGGCUCUCCUUCAGCAGGAGGAGUACACCUUCCUCAGGGUCCUGCAGGAUUUAACCCACCACGUGGCCAAGAUCCUGGGCUCCUGUGGUCACUUUUACGCCGUGGAGUACUUGGCGGCCGGACACGCGUGGGACCAGCACAUAUUCUCUCUGGAGGAGCUGACGCUGAGCCCCUCGCCGAGCCCCUGGAGCGGACAGGAGAAGACGAUAACCGCAAGAGAUAUGGUGCCACGAGUGGCCCUGAGCUUUCUAGAGAUGGUGGAGCAUUUCGAGAACGACUUUUCCCACAGCUUACACCUCUGUGACAUCAAACCAGAGAACUUUGCCAUCAGGAAAGACCUGACGGUGGUGGCUAUAGAUGUGGACAUGGCUUUUUUUGAGCCUAAAAUGAGAGAAAUACUUGAGCAGAACUGCACCAGUGACAAUGACUGCAACUUCUUCGACUGCAUUUCCAAGUGUGACAAAACUAAAAACAGAUGUGGGCCGAAACGCAAGAACAGUAACCUUCAGGUGAUCUGUGAGAAGAUCUUCAGGCCUUGGAUUUCUCCCACGCUGCUCGGUGCUAAAGCAGGGCUCCCCCUGCAGGUGGCGCUGCAGCGGGCCGUGCAGGAGUGCGCUGAGAUGGACGACGGGGAGGACGCCCGGCGCACGAGGGCCGUGAGAGAACAGCUACAGGAUCUGCUCGUGGAGCUCAUUCAGGAGGACACGGGACACCGGGCUGAAGGCCAGGAACACAAGAUACGGCACUUCAUUUCUAAAUGAACUCUCGAAACGGCUAUGAAAGAACAAACCCAGUCAUGUGCAAUUCUGGAGAACAUCUCAGAUGACUAUUAUAGUCGCGAUAACAGCAGUUUCCAACAGCCAGAUACAUUGACAUAGUUGUUUACUGCUAACAUUCAGAACCUCUGUUAAACCUCUGGUGCUGUUCAGCAAUUUUUGAAAGAACUAUUGUGUUUUUUUUCUAUUUUAUUUACUUCAUUAGAAUUACAGAACAUGGUAGUGCUACGUGGCCACACGAAAAUCAUGAACAUGAAAUGAAAAGGUUAAAUGGUUCUGAAAAUUAUUUAGACUUGUACUGUUCGUGGUCGAAAAUGAAUGUACUGGAAACAGACUUCAUCUAGUGGAAACAUGGUACCAAACAAAAUCUUAAUAAAAGCAAAUUCUUUGAGAGAUCAACCUCAAAUUUUUUACAUAACUUGUUUAAACGUAUGGCUUAGAUUUUUCAGUUUUAGAGUAAAAUAUUCUCUGGAAAAUAUAUAUUUAAUAUGAAAUAUCAAAUAUAAUUUACAAAAAUGAACUUAAACUUUUAAAAGUGUUUUUUUCUUCUUCAAGUUUUUCAGUUCAGCAAUAAUCUACCAGGUGUCUUCUAGCAAAAAGAGAUCAGAAGUUGGAAAUUAAAUUUUCAUGUCUAUUCUCAAAAAGUAAAUAGAAAUAAAUGGAUCAUGACUAUUCCUAUUCCAUUAAGUUUUAAUAACAAUAUUUUUGAAACUAAAAUAUAGUACAUUCAUUUGAAAGGCGAGCAGCACCAGAGGCAUAAAAGGUAUAGUUCAGUCAAAAAUGUAAAUCUGUUUUUCUCACCCUCAUCUUGUUCCAAAUCCAUACAGGUUUGUAAUUUUUGCAUAAACUAUCCCUUUAAGGGUGUAGAUAUGCCUCUUACAGUAAAGGCCCAUUCACACAGGUAUCGAUAACUAUAUUGAUAAUUAUAUCAACAUCCAGACCAGUGUACAAUAACAUGGUUUCACACGGCAGUCUUUAUAUACUCAAGCUCUUUAAAGCAGGAGUUCUGAUUGGCUGUCAAUGUUUUUAUCAUUCAAAAAAAUAAUUUUGGAUCCAACAAUAUUGUUCUGCUAUGUUGUUGUAGUUUAGAGAACUAUUACUGUAAAUUAUAACUAUAUUGUUACUGUUAUCGUUAUAGUCAUUGUGCUGGGUGUAAUGGGCCUUAAAUAUAAAGGAAGUUCAUAUUAAAAUUGUUCAGCACAUUUUUGCUGGCGAAAUCUAGUCAUUUCAGGAUGAAAAAUGAGAGCGAAGCAGAUUUUGCAGCUGGGUCAUACAGAUUUGCCAUGUUAAACGAACAGAAAGCUGCUUGGUUUGAUAGUGUUUCUGUGUGAGCUGCUUCAUACAUCUCUACACUACUGACAACAGACAAUGGACAUUGUUCCCGUGAAAAUUCGCUAAUGUGAAUGAACUUUAAUACUCCUUAAAAAAAAACGUUGGAUCAUCUCAGCUAAUGUAUCCCUGUUGUUUGUUGAAAAUAAUUUGUCUACCUGUGAUUUUGUUGAAUCAUUUCAAUAAACCAUGGCUCAAGCACAA